CUCCUUUUUGGAUUUUAACCCUUUUACGCUUCUUUCUCGGAGCUAAAACGGGACCCCACAAUCCACCCCCCAUUCAUUGAACCUGCAAUAAACCCUCCCAAUUUCAUCAUACAGAUCUCUCCGUCUACACUUUUCUUUGUCAUUUUCUGGUUGCUUCAUCUCUUCAUCACCAUUUGUAAGUCUUUAUGUAUGAUUUUUAUGCUGAAUUACUUCGAUUAUUGUAUUGGGUUUUUGUGGGUUUUGCUUCUUUUCUCUUUUCCCCUUGAUUUUUAGUGAUGUCUUGAGUUGGGUGUUUGUUUAAUCUUGGUAGUAUUUGGAUCAAGUGUUUGUUUAAUUUGCGAUUUUGGAUGGUAUUAAGUAAGAAGGGGUUUACCCUUUGCCUUCCCUAAAACUGUGAAGUACAAAAUUCCUCGAGAAAAUGAUGGAUUUCACGAGAAAUUUUUGCUGAUAAGUUAGGUUUAGGACAGGGAUUUUGAGGAUUUUAGCUGAAAUUUUGGCUAGUGGUUUUAGGAGUGUGAAUUUGAUGCGUGUUUUAAGGAGGAAAAAAGGGGGGUUUUUUCUCUUGCUUUUAGAUUGAUCUAGAAUACCCUAUUUGAGAUACCAAUGGAGGGUAAUUUAUCCUCUGGGAAUAUGAUUUCUGGGCAAACAGGAAGUUCUUAUGGUGGACUUGAUUUGCAAGGUUCCAUGAGAGCUCAUCAUCAACAACAUAACAACCCUUUUACACUUAAUCAACACCAGCAUCAUCAUCACCUCCAAUCCAGUAGACAACAAGGAUCCAUGGUUCAUCCUUCGAUUCAUGAGAAUUUGCCUCUUAGAAUGGGAAUGAUGCAAGAUUGUGAUCGUCAUAACCCGACCAUAUCUUUGGCUGAUUUUGGGAAGGGGGAAAGGGGAAAGAGUUGUGUAAGUGAUGAAGACGAGCCAAGCUUUGCAGAAGAUGGUCAUGAAAACCGUAAUGAUGAUAACCGAGGGAAAAAUAUGUCACCUUGGCAACGUGUGAAAUGGAGUGAUCCGAUGGUUAGGCUUUUGAUAACCGCUGUUUCUUACAUAGGGGAAGAUGCUGCAAUGGAGUAUGGAGGUGGGUCUAGAAGGAAAUAUUCAAAUUUACAGAAAAAGGGUAAGUGGAAGUCCGUUUCAAAAGUUAUGGCCGAGAGGGGUCAUUUCGUUUCUCCUCAGCAGUGCGAAGAUAAGUUUAAUGAUCUGAACAAAAGGUACAAGAGGCUUAACGAGAUUCUUGGCAGAGGCACUUCUUGUGAGGUUGUUGAGAACCCUUCUCUUCUUGAUUUGAUGGAUCAUGUGUCUGAUAAAGCAAAAGAAGAAGUUCGGAAAAUUCUCAGCUCUAAACACUUGUAUUAUGAGGAAAUGUGUUCAUAUCAUAACGGGAACCGUUUGCAUCUUCCUCCGGAUCCUGAACUACAACGUUCACUGCGAUUGGCUCUUAGAGCCAGAGAUGAUCAUGAAAGCAAUGAUGGAAGAAGGGGCUCACAUGAGGAUCUUGAUGAAGAUGAUCAAGAUCCAUAUAUGGAUGAUCAUGAUGAUUAUGAGGACCAUCAUCAUGGUCUACAAUUGGAUCAGAGAGCAGUAUAUGGGUUGGGUGAGGGAUCUACGAAAAGGGUAAAACAAUGUGAAGGCCACGAUCUUGUUUGUAACAAGAAUUUUGGUUCACAGCCCAAAAAUGUGCAGGCCGACAUGAAUCAAGCUCUACCCGAAGGGGUAAAAGCUAAUCUCUUACAGGAUCAGUGGAUGAAACACCGGUUGGUUCAACUAGAAGAACAGAAGCUACAUAUCCAAGCACAAAUGUUGGAAUUGGAGAAAGAAAGGUUCAAGUGGCAAAGGUUUCGGCGGAAAAAGGACAGAGAACUGGAGAUGAUGAAGAUGGAAAACGAGAGGAUGAAAUUGGAGAACGAACAAAUGGCAUUGGAGUUGAAGCGUAAGGAGAUGUGUGCAGAUCUUAACUAAUUCGUGAAGGAUUUCAAGCUAAAGAUUGGCUGGACCUAUAAAAUGUCAGGAACGGGCGUACUUCUAGAAGCAAUAUUCAUUGUAUUGGAUUGGAUUGGAUUCAGAAAACUGAUAUUGUUGCUCAAAGGGAUGUAGUAAGGGAAACGUUACCAAUUUGUGAGGUUCACUUGUUAUUGUCUUAAAGAAGUCAUCUUGAUUAGCUCAAAAUUCACAUUUGCUUAUUAGUAGAUUUUGUGUGCACUUUAUUUGAAAAAACAAUCUCUCUACUCCUUGUACUGUCUGUGUACAUUUUUACCUUCUUCAAGGGUUUGAGGUUUAGUUUGGUUUGAUGUA